CCUCGCUGGUGCUUCCUCACCUAUAACCACCCCCAGAUCUUUCUCGGCACUUCUGACACGCUUCCCAACUCAGUUUACUAUCAACCCACCUAUCAUCAUCAUCAUGUCUUACAACGAUAGCAACGAUUCUAACUACGGCCGCAGUGACGACUACUCGUCGUCCCGUACCCAGGGCGGGUUCGGCUCCAGCCGUGACAACGACAGCGGUUACGGCAAGGGAGACCGGUCUGACAAACCCUACGGCGGCUCGAGCGAUUCAUAUGGGUCGUCAAACCGCCGGGGCGAUUCCGGCAACGAUUCGUAUGGCUCGCGCUCCGGAAACGACAAGCCUUACGGCUCGAGCAACUCCGGCCGCGGCAACGAGAGCUCCUAUGGAUCCAGUGACAAUACUAGCAGGGGCGGCUACGGGUCAUCGGGGAAUACCUAUGGCUCAGACCGCACCCGCGCGGAUAACAGGGACUCGUACGGCUCCAAGGACAACAGCAGCAGCACCUACGGGUCCGGAAACAACAAGUCCAGCAACUCCUACGGCUCGUCCAGGGAUGACAACAACGAUAACAAGUACGGCUCCUCCGGAGGGCAUAGCUCUUCUAACCGCCGCGACAACGACAACGACAACAGCUACGGCGGGUCCUCUACCAACCGUCGCAGUGACAAUGACAACAAGGCCUACGGAUCCCAAACCACCAGCUCAUCCGGCGGCUACGGCGCUAAUUCCGGCUCCGACUCGUACGGGUCCGGCAACUCGGGACUCGGCAGCAGCGACAAAAAAUACGGCGGUAACUCGACAUCGUCGUCCUACGGGACCCAGAACCAGACGGGAUCUGGGCGAUACGGAAGUGGCCGGGAUGAUGAUGAUAACAAGAACAGCGGUUCGGGGGGCAGCCUGACGGACAGGCUGACGGGUCAGCUGCUGGAGAAGGCCGGGUCAGUGCUUGGCAACGACCGCCUGGAGGACAAGGGCCGCGAGAGGCAUGAUGGCGGCCGCGACAAUUACUAGGCUGCCUAGCCCGUGAUCCUCUAAAUACCUCGGGGAAGAGAUGAGGGACAGAGGAAGGGAUAGAGGGGGAGGCUACUCUAUGGAGGCGGUUAUUUCGUCUAUCUAGGUAAAUUGUAACAUGACGGUCCUUACGCGCUACGCGCUGUCUACCAUGUACUCGGCGAAAUUGGAAGCAGUAUUUCUUGGGGGAACAAGACAAUUCUGGGCUCUCGAUUCGGCGUGCUAGAUGUUGAAAGACAGGGAGGGUCUCGAAGCCCAUGAACCACCACCUAUCCUAUCCAGUGUACGUCGAAAUACUACAGUUAUCGAGUCCUCCAACACCACCGUGCCUCUUCUCGCACCCAUCCUACCCCGUAAGUAAAGCCAGGCAGUUCCAGCCCUCGCCACAUACGCCACGCCUUUUAUCGCUGCGAGCUCGCGUACAGUCCC